AUGUCCCAAGUCACUCCCACACAGAUACCUAUACCAAUACCGUUUAGACAACCUGGGGAUAUAGAAUGUUGGGGACAUAGAGGAGCUUCUGCCCAUCUACCUGAAAAUACAUUGGCAAGUUUUAGAGCUGCUAUAAAAGAGGGUUGUGAUGGUAUUGAAUCUGACGUCCACGCUACGUCCGACGGGGUGAUAUUGAUGUUUCAUGAUCCGACAUUGGAUCGAACGACUACGGGCAAAGGGUUGAUCAAAAAUCAGCCGUGGAAAGGUGUGAUCGAACACGUACGAACGACCAAAGAACCGAUACAGCCUAUACCUCUAUUCGAAGAAUUGAUAGCUUUGUUGAUGGAGCCUGAGAAUCGACAUGUCACUUUGAAUAUAGAUUGUAAGAUGCAGAAUGAUCCGGAGAAAUUGUUCCCCGAAAUGGCAAGAAUAAUAUCUAAAUACCCCAACCACUCCACCCUCCUCUCACCUCGACUUAUUCUAGGCCUCUGGCACCCACUUUUCAUUCCCCCCUCUAUGAAGUACCUACCGAACUGUACGCGAUAUCACAUCGGAUUCUCUCUCCCGAUCAUCCGUGAAUACUUCUGGGACCACUGCUCGGGAUUCUCCCUGGCUUUCUCAGCAUUGAUGAAUUCAACUGGUCAGGCUUUUUUAAACGAAUGUAGGGAAAAGGGAAAAGAGGUGACUGUUUGGACGGUCAAUCAUGAACUUGAGAUGAAGACUGCUAUCGGGUGGGGGGUCAAAGCAGUCUUGACUGAUAGGGUUGGUCGAUUUGUGGAAUUAAAGAAUGAAAUUAUCGACGAUCCAUCUAAACUCAAUAUCACCGGUUUAUCCAAAUUGACCUUCCCAUGGUCUUCAUGGAGGUAUUAUACCCUCGCACAUCCAUACAUCCUUCGAACCCAGUUAGACGUCAUGCGAACAAUGUGUUAUCAACCUGGUCCAAUCGAGAAACCUGACUUGAGUGAAUUCUCAAUGGUCAAUGAUGCGGAUCAACAUGAAACGGAAUUACCCUCUACGUCACCUGAUCAGCCCCUUUCAGCCUCGACAAUAGGUAAGAUUGAUAGUGGUGUGGAGGAUAUCAGGUUGGAGACUAGUGAUAUGAAAGGCAAUGGCUUGUUGGGUAAAGUGGCUGCUUAG